UUUCACUUGUGUCCCCGUAUAUAACAUUGGCGACGAGGACCUACCCGCGUAAAAUAAAGUAACAAUGUCCGUUACGGGGUUUGGAAUUUUAUCGGUGUUUGACCACAAUGUACAAUCCUGGGAGACGUACAAAGGCCACAUUAAUCAGUGGUAUGUGGCUAACGACAUCACGGAAGUGAGCGAUCCUACGGGGAUAAAGCGACGAGCCAUUCUGCUAAGCGCACUCGCGGAUGGCACACACAAGUUGGCAGUGGAUCUCGCGUUGCCGAAACAGCUGCAGGACGUGCCGUAUGAGGACAUUCUGAGACUUCUGGAUGAACAUUUUACUCCAAAGCGGUGUGGAUUCGGCGAAAGAUUCAAGUUUUACGCGGCCACACAACAGGAGGGGGAGACGUAUGCACAAUGGGCGGCGAGAUUGCGAGGUCUGACGGCGCACUGUGGGUUUUCCAAUGUGGAGGAAGCCCUUCGGGACAAAUUUGUCAUGGGAAUGUUGCCGGGAGCGGACAGAGAAAAGCUUUUCUCGAAAGAUCUAGCGGGCCUAACAUUAACAAAGGCGAUGGAGUUGGCGGAGAAUGCGCGAAGAGCUCGUGAGGCAGCGGGCGCCGGGCAGCAGGCUGCGCCACGCGAUCAGCUGUUUAAGAUUGCGCGGACAAAGGAGUCGGCAACGUCAUCGCAUCGUGAGGCCGCGUCUGGUUCGGGAGUGAAAGUGCAGUGUCAAGUAUGUGGUUAUCAUAAUCACGAGACAUCCCAGUGUCGGUUCGCAAAGGCGAAGUGUAGGAAAUGCAAUGCUACAGGGCAUCUGCGUAGGAUGUGCAAAAAUAUUAAUUAUGUCGAAUCGAAAGCUGUGGAUGAAAGCGAUGAUGACGGUGAGUGUUUUAAUAUUCGAUCCGUAAAAGGGGAACCAAUGAUAGAAACAGUAUUGGUAUCUGGAAUCGAAUUAAAAUUCGAAAUUGAUAGCGGAUCAGCCGUUACAGCAAUUUCUAAAGAAACCUAUGAAACAUAUUUUAGUAAUGUACCAUUGUUAAUGACUAGUAAACGGUUAUUUUCAUAUACGGGUGAUAAAAUUGUUUGUGAGGGUAUAGUGCAGUUACAAGUGAGCUAUGCGAACACAUCGCAUGUACUAAGUGUUUACGUCGUGCGGGACGGCGGCCCGCCAAUUCUUGGCCGCGAUUUCAUUUCAAAAUUUAAAUUAGAAAUGUUACCGAUACAAUAUUGUGACAGAGUAGAUGAAAACGAUUGGUUUCUAACACUGCAAGGUCGGUAUCCAGCAGUCUUUUCUGAUAAAUUAGGAUUAUUUAAUAAAUUUAAAGUAAAAUUACAUUUAAAGGAAGACGCAAAACCAGUUUUCAUUAGGGCACGACCGCUAGCGUUCGCUUUGAAAAAUAAAGUAGAUAACGAAAUAGAUCGUUUAGUAAGGCUCGGUGUAUUGAAACCGGUUGAUCACGCGCGGUAUGCGUCACCCAUCGUGCCCGUGUUAAAACAAAACGGAACAAUACGUAUAUGCGCUGAUUUUUCUACCGGUGUAAACAAACAGUUAAUGAUCGAUCAGUAUCCUUUACCAACGGUAACCGAACUUUUUUCUAAGUUAUAUGGGGGACAGCAGUUUACCAAGUUGGACCUGUCAAGUGCAUACAAUCAGUUUAUGUUAGAUGAUGAGUCACAAGAAUUAACGUGCAUAAAUACGCAUAGAGGACUUUUCAAACAAACGCGGCUUUGUUUUGGUAUUGCAAGCGCGCCGGCCGUGUUUCAGCGCGCGAUGGAAGGCGUGCUGGCUGGCGUGCCCGGCACACUCUGCAUGCUUGAUGAUAUCUUGAUAACGGGAGAAACGAGAUCGGAACAUCUGAGUAGAUUACAUCAAGUUUUAGCGAAAUUGCAAGAUGCGGGGCUUACCUUACAAAAAGAAAAGUGUAUGUUUUUCAAGGACGAGGUUAAUUACUUAGGUUACGUGAUAAAUAAAGAUGGACUACAUAAAUCGCCACAGAAAAUAAAAGCUAUGAUAGAAGCUCCAGUGCCAUCUAACAUUAAUCAAUUGCAGUCAUUUUUAGGAUUGGUUAAUUAUUAUAGGAACUUUGUUCCCAACGCGUCUUCUAUUUUAAGCCCUAUGUAUGAGUUGUUAAAAAAAAGUAGCAGGUGGUGUUGGACACAAAAACAUGAUGAAGCGUUUACCGCUAUUAAAUCUUGUUUGGCGUCAGAUCAAGUGUUAGCGCAUUUUAACCCAGAGGCCACUAUAAUUUUAACAGUAGAUGCGUCGCCGGUGGGUCUGUCUGCAAUAUUAUCACAAGUAGAAACUGAUAGGUCGGAGAGACCGAUUUCAUUUGCAUCAAGGACACUUAAUGCUGCUGAGAAACGUUAUUCGCAAAUCCAGAAGGAAGCAACCGCGAUUAUUUUCGGAGUUAGGCGUUUCCACCAAUAUUUGUAUGGCAGGUCGGUUCCGUUUAUUCUUCGAACAGAUCAUAAGCCGUUAUUAUCGAUUUUUGGCCCGCACCGGGGUAUACCUGAAGUCUCAGCAAACAGACUUCAGAGAUACGCACUGUUUCUGAGCGGUUAUAAUUAUCAAAUUGAAUAUGUGCGUAGCGCAAAUAACAGUGCGGAUUUCUUAUCUCGCGCUUGCCUGCCCGAGGGGGCGGGGACGGAUAGGGACAUGCGGGGCGUCGAUACGACGUUGCCUGAUCUUGAUCGCGCGUCAUACAUUAAUUUUGUGUUGGAGGGUAGUCUCCCUGUAACUUUAAAAACGUUACGCGACGCGACGGGGACUGAUUCAACCUUGCGUAAGGUGAUAGACUUUGUGUUGAACGGAUGGCCUAGGAAAAUGUCAGACGAAGGGGUGAAACCGUUUCACGCAUGUAGGACACAAUUGUCUUAUGAAAAUGGUUGUAUUAUGCGGGGACAUAAAGUUGUAAUUCCGGAAAAGCUACGAACAAAAAUUUUAAUGGAAUUACAUCAAUCCCAUUUAGGUAUUGUAAAAACAAAAGCGGAGGCGCGAGCGCGUGUUUGGUUCCCGGGAAUCGACGCUGCUUUAGAGCGUUUAAUAGGAUCAUGUGACGUGUGCAUGCAAUCACGACCGUCACCGGCACGGGCGCCGAUUGCUCACUGGGAAUAUCCUCCAACGCCAUUUUACCGGAUACAUAUUGAUUUUCUAGGCCCUAUUAGCGGUAGCACUUUUCUAGUAGUAGUGGAUGCUUAUUCCAAGUGGGUUGAGGUUUAUAAUAUGAAGUGUAAUACUUCUACUUCAGCAACAAUUGACAAGUUAUACGAAUUCAUGUCAAGAUUUGGUAUUCCGCAUACUCUGGUUAGCGACAAUGGUACAUCGUUUAAGUCACAUGACUUUGAAGCUUUUUGUAGGGUGAACGGGAUUUCACACGUGACAUCACCGACAUAUCACGCGGCCAGUAAUGGGCAAGCGGAAAGUUAUGUUAAGAUAAUAAAGAAGGGUAUUAAGACAAGCUUGCUUAGUGGUAAUAGCGCGCGAAAUUUAAAUAACAAUCUUUUGAAAUUCUUGUUCGAUUACAGGAAUUCCGUUCACACUUUAACCGGGUUGUCCCCGGCUGAGUUGGUGUAUGGUCGGAAGCUCAGAACGCGUUUUGACCUAUUGAAACCCGAACCGCCAUCGCCUUCAUCCACAGCUCAUGCUAAUAUGGUUAAACGUAAACAGUGUUUGCAAAAUAAGACGGGAGGUCAUAACACUCAAGUUUUCGCACCCGGUGACAUCGUUUAUUAUAAAAAUCACAAAGUUAAUGGUAAAUUCACAUGGUGCAAAGGGACAGUCAUGAAAAAAGUCGGCAGAGUGUUAUAUGUAAUUAAAGAUAAGGUAACUUCGAACAUUGUCAGAAAACAUAAAAACCAGAUAAUAAAGUAUAAAGGCGACGAUUGCUAUGACGGAAGAGACUUGGAGUUAGAUAUAGACGAGGAAAGUGGUGGCUCAACAACAGAGACGCUGGUUCCUGAACAUGGGCCACCAUCAGGCACAGGCGAAGGAAACGAAGACUCGAUAGUGGCUACAAAUAAUUCUCCUCAGGCAAGGGCUGUCACACCGCCAGGUACAGCCCGAGUUGUUGUGUCACGGCCUACAACACCGUAUCAAGCUGGGGAGGAGGAAGAGUACCAGGAAGCGUUAGACGGGUCGUUUAGCACUGAAAAUCCUGGAGGAGUGCCACUACAACAGCAGGACGGUGAACCUGUACGAACACCACGGUCUAAACGCAAUCGUCCUAAAGUGAACUAUAAACUGUUCUACUAGAGAUAACUUAGUUAGAAACUUAUGUUUAGCUAUAGCUAGUAAGUAGCUUAGUUUGGGGUUGUAUUUGUAAGCUAAGGGGAGGAGUGUUAGGUAUGUAGGUAGGUGUGCGUGUGCCGACGCACCAAUAAGUGCCAACAAUAAACGUCAGUGCGUUACUAGCAA